AUGCGGGGCACCGGGCUCCAGCUGCUCUCCGUCCUGGCUUAUUUGUUGCUGGGCAUUGGAGUGUUCUGGGCUCUGGAGUGUCGAGUGUUCGGGGACCCCAGGAGCAGCUUCCAGCGCGACAAGUGGCAGCUGCUACAGGACUACAUGUGUUUGGAUGGCCCUGCGCUAGACCUGCUGAUCCCGGUUAGGGGCCAGCCUGGGGAAAAAGUGGAUUGGGCAGGGGCUCACGGGAUGCAUGAGUAUACAGAUGGGACCAGCCUCCUAGGAAAUACCACCAGCUUGGGGAGCUGGGAGUUUGUGGACUCUUUCUUCUUUUUCGUGUCCACCAUCACCAUUAUUAGUAAUGGCUGGAUAGGGACAGUCUGCAACCUGAGCUUGCAGACCAUGGCUGCCCAUCUCUUCUGUGUAUUCUUUGCUCUCCUUGGAUUGUUCAACCUUGUGGUGCUCAACCACCUCAUGAAGUGUGGGGUGCACAGAUGUGCCCACCGGCUGGAGGACAGUUGGCAGGACUCCUCGGGGGCACGGUGGUUAGGCUCCACUAAGUUGCUCUCAGGUCUCCUGCUCUUCCUGUUGCUGCCUGUGCUUCUCUUCUCCCACAUGGAGGGCUGGAGCCGCGUGGAGAGCUUCUCCUUCACUUUCAUCACACUUAGCGCUGUGGCCUUCGGGGACUACAUGAUCGGCAUGGAUCCUUCUCGAGAGUACCCUCUGUGGUACAAGAGUAUUGUGUCCCUGCGGGUCGAUCCUGUUCCAGUUGGCAAUUCCGGGGGAUGUGGGCACCUGCUCAUACUGCUCAAGAGGAAUUUGAAGGUGGGCCAAGGCCGGCAGGUCCAGAGCCAGACCAGAGUAAAGGCCAUGGCCCAGGCCCUCUUCCAGAGACCUUGGGUCUGGAUAGAGGAAGCAAGGAUGAUGCAGAGGUGUGCUUUCCAGAAAUAG